AGUGAAAAAAAGAUCAGAAUUGGGAUGCCUGUGUAAACGCAGCCUUAGUUACGUAAUGGAUUGAGAAGGCUGGGCACACACGAGAGCAGGGAGAUUCACGACAGAUAGACACUCAUACUACAUAGCAAUAGUACGUUUCAAUUCUCUCCUCGGAUUUUGACAGCAAGACUGAUACAAUAAGAUUUUCUAAGCAGCUCACUGAAGUGUUGCCGUUGAAGAUAUUCCACUUUUGGUGUAGGUAGGGCCUGAGCCAUUGCACCAGCCUUGUUUUUUUGUCUUCAAGACAUACAUUUUCUGAAUACAAAGAAUGACACCGAUUGAAAUAAAUACAGAGGCCUGAUCCGAAGGGGCGUGUCAUUAGCAGGUAAAACCAAGACCUGGGGCAAAGAAGAAACACAAGGAAACGAAUGAUGACUUACAACAACAGAGAACUGGUGGUAUACUAUAUUACCUAUAAACUAUCACAGAGAGACUACCCCUUCAACCACACUGGGCUCACAGAAGCUCCCAGUCAGACUGAGGGGGGUGAGGGUGGACAGGUGGAAGGGGGGGCGGCAGUCACGACACACCCCAACGGCACAGUAAACGGGACGAGUCCUGGGACUCCACCGCGACAGUCUCCCCCCUCUACCCCUCAGCGGACAAUGGGCCUGGAUGCAGUGAAAGAGGCACUGCGGGACUCUGCCAAUGAGUUUGAGCUGCGUUAUGCCAGAGCGUUCAGUGACCUGUCCUCCCAGCUGCACAUCACGCCGGCCACAGCCUACCAGAGCUUCGAGAACGUGAUGGACGAGGUUUUCCGGGACGGUGUGAACUGGGGACGGGUAGUGGGCCUGUUUGCCUUCGGAGGGGCCCUCUGUGUAGAGUGCGUGGAGAAGGAGAUGAGCCCACUAGUGGGACGGAUUGCAGACUGGAUGACCGUCUACCUGGACAACCACAUCCAGCCUUGGAUCCAGAGCCAAGGAGGAUGGGACCGGUUUGCAGAGAUCUUUGGGAAGGACGCUGCAGCCGAGAGCAGGAAGUCUCAGGAGAGCUUUAAGAAGUGGCUGCUGGCGGGGAUGACGCUGGUCACAGGAGUCGUCGUAGGGUCACUCAUCGCUCAGAAACGCCUGUGAGAACGACAACCACAGACGGCAUCUUGUAGUGAAAAAGAAUGAAGGACGUUUUUUUACUUUAAUAUUUCUCCUUUAUUUGCCAAGAAAGGACAUGUUUACGGUUGAACCUUACAUCCCACGAUGCACUGAGGACUCUGACAAACUGUUGAGAUUAAAGAGUGAUGGUCAAUAUAAUGUUACCCUCAUCUAACACCUCCCUGCAACACCCUAAAACACAAGAAAAUGGAGGAGGGUAUAACAGUCUUGGACCAAAUGUUCCUCAGUUUCCUUGGUUUACUCUUGCCUGUCUCUUCUCCAAUUGCUGUAUUAAUUUGUUUUUACAAAUUUACUUUCAUUUUGCAUGAUGUGCUCCAUCUAUAGGCCAUUUUCAAAUAGUCUGUGCUGAUGGGGCUAGUAAAUCCUUCUCUCAGAGGUUUGUCUUGUUGCUGGUCUCUGGGCAGACAGAAGGACAAACUUGCCACCUGUCCCCCUGUGAAAGGAGGGAAAAAGGGCACUGAAAUUCAACAUCUGUACACCUCAGUGCAGUUUUGACAUGGCUGCUUUGUAGAUACAGUGCGCUCCAAACAACCUAGCCAGCAAAAGACAGCCAAUAUCACACUCAGUAGCUCAAUAUAUUGUUAAUUCUAAAUAUAUAUAUUUGUAUGCGAGUGGUUAAGUGAAACGAGUGAUUGAGACAUUUUUCAAUCUUGACGCUAGCGCACCACGUCAGGCGCAUUGGCCUGAAAUGAGUGAGGUGAUACAAUUUUCCGUGUGUGUGUUCAUAUUUGUCUUUUUUGGGGGUUUUUUCAAUUAAAACCCACGUGAUAAUUUCCUGUCCUGAUGGUGGUAAACACAUACCUGACACACACACACAGCCCUGGCCUGGCUAGACAGAAAACAGAAGGUGCACAACAAACCAAGAGCCAGUGAUGAAGAGUAUUUAUUCUAGCAACUGUUGGUACAAAGGCUCAGUUUUUUUUAUCAUGGAGAGAAAGAUUGUUCAGUAUUUACAACUUGUAACACAGCCUAAUGGUAAUUUGUUUCGCUAAUAAGAUAGAAGAUGAAUGAAGCAGAAACCUUAUUUAGUGGGUUAACAGAUAAGUGAGACUUCUGAUGUGCAUAUAGCUCUUGAGACAUGAAACUGUUGGCAGGCAAGCUUCAGGGCGGGACCCAUUCAACCUGCCACCUCUGUCUCUGUGCCUUCGUUUCCACAAAAUGUGGCACAUUUCAUUUCUGUUCUCCCUGUCACGGCAGCUGAGGGCGUGCGUCACUCAACACAGGCCCACCUGCUGUUCAGAGCACAUCUCCUGUCAAACCUAGUCGACAGAGACUGAGGAGAACCAUUCCUUAGUUUCCAAACAUCUUUAAUUUAAACACUGCGUCAGUCAGGAGGGUGUUUGUCGUCUGGCAAUUUAUAGUGUCACGCUCCUGAGCUGACAGGUGAGUGGAUGGGAGGAAAGAGGCGAGAUGGGUGCAACUCCUCUACUCACAUUCUGACCUAUCUCUGCUUCAGGGAACGGCGCCCUAGGGACGUAGGGGGUCCUCUUGUGUGGCAGGUACAGUUGUAAACACAGGCCAGACUUACAUCAGCCAGAGGCUCCUGUUUUCAGCUGUCCUGCAUUUCAAAGCUGGAUUGAUGCUCUCUCUUUCACUUGCUGUGUUCUUUCCACAUUUUAUUUGAACAGUGUAGCUGAGCUAUGUUUGGACUGGAGGCAUAACCUUUUUUAUAUGCUUUAUGUUAUGUCAAAGCCCUGAUGUUAGUUUUUUUAUUCAGCCCAUGUUUUCUAUGCAUUUCCUGCAAAAUAUUGGUGACAUAACAGAUUUAAAAGUAGAUUUCUCUAUUGGUGAUGAAUAACUUUUGUUUCAUCAGGAAACAUUUAUCUGACCAAUAACCUCCAUGAUAUCAGAGACAAAGCCUCUAACAUACAGUACAGGGCCCUCCAGGGUAUUUAGAUGAGUCCGCUAAUGUGGAGCAUGUGUUCAGGUAUACCAUCACCCUGCUUAGGGUCUUGAUGCUCUUCUCUACCUGAUUAUUUUCAGUCUGAUCUCUUAAGAACACAUAUUGGUUUCUCUGGGGUCAAGGUUUUCACUUUACCUAUGAAUAAAUGCUACUUUAGAUAAAUAUUCACCAACUGAUCAUGAACACCAUUUCAUCACGGAUCUGAUUUGAUGAUACAUUCCAAUACAGUAUAUAUUUUUCUAGUGUGUGCUCCACAAAAAGCUGCUUGCAGGCUUUUCUGCAAUGUGACCUUUGUUACGUAAAGAAGUUCCCUCCACCUAUGUGAGAUUGUGUGCAUGCGUGUGGAAUGGAUUCUGUAUGGCCAAUGUUUGCAGGAAGCACAAGAAGGAAUCUAAACCGCAUUGACACCACACUAUGUAUACUAGUUAUUUAAAACAAUGAUUAGAAUAGUAUCAUAGCUUAGUAACAUAUUUAAGACUUUGAAAUGUUAUUUAAGAUAUUUGGUGUAAAGCAUAUAGUGUCCCUUCAAAUGGCCUGAAAUUCCAUCUUUGCAUUUGUGUAUUUGGCUGCUUUUACACAGGCAGCCUAAUUCUGAUCUGUAUUCCACUAAUUGGUCUUUGACCAGAUCUGAUUGUUCAAAAGACCAAUUAGCGAAAUAAAUAUCUGAAUUGGGCUGCCUGUUUAAACAUAGCCUUUGUAAUUCAUUGUGUUUAACUGCUAAAAUAGUUAUUUCCCCAUUGAUAGCUUAAAUCAGGGGUGUCAAACUCAUUCCAUGGAGGGCCAAGUAUCUGCAGGUUUUUCCCUUUCAAUUAAGCCCAAGACAACCAGGUGUGGAGAGUUCCUUACUAGUGACCUUAAUUAAUCAAUUAAGGACAAGGGAGGGGCAAAAACCCACAGACACUUGGCCCUCUGUGGAAUGAGUGACACCUAUGGCAUAAAGGAGUAAACACCAUGUUGAAUGGUCUUUGUCAUAUAAUUCCAAUGUAAUAUCUUAGAUUACAUGAAAUGAAUAAAGACCCAUGUGGAACAUUGAGA